UGUCCCCCUAGCCGCCGCCACCUACAGCCUCCUCCCACCUCGGGAUCCAUCUCCACCCAAUCCAACCACCGCCUCCAUUUCCGUGCCCGACCACCUCCUCUGGCCGCAGCCUCACGUCUCCACGCUCGUGCCCGAGCAGGAGCUCCUCGAGAUGGAGCUCAUCCACAGCAGGCCCCUUGCCUCCCUCGAUCCACAUCGUCCCCGUGCUAAUCUGCCAGGAACCGAACAGCAGCCGCCACCCCCUCUCUUCCCGAGGCCCGAGCAGGAGCGCUCGGCCUCGUCUUCUCGCGCGGCCAACCGCCUCGACGGAGACCUCCAGGAUCACCACCACGCCCUGCUUCUUCUUCCUACUCGAGGAGAUGCCCCUCUCCUCGAGCACAAAUGCUUCAAGGCCGUCUUCUGCAGUUUCGUCGCCAGAGCUCCCCACCACCAGCAGGAUCCCCACGACAUCGCCAUGGAUGGCUGCAGUCUGAGCUCGCAUCCGUCACCAUGGAUCCCUGCCUCGCCGGAUCCGAGGUGGAUCCAUCCAUCCCCGCCGUUUCCCGCGACCUUCCUGGCCGGAUCCCGCCGCCGCGCUGCCGUUCCUCGCCCCGCGCCGUUGACCUGCUGCCCCAACGCCCUGCUCGCCUCCUCUGCUUCAUUCGAGCAGGGAGGACGACGAGCGCUCGACCCAGCCCCGUUGACCGCGUCCCUGUUCGUCUGGAACGCCAGCAGCCCAGCUGCCUAGCGCCUCCCCAAGGCCCAGCCUGCGCCCCGCGGCCUGCCUUCACCUCCUCACCGACGGGCUGAAGCCCAUGGUGAGCUCCCCAGCCUAGAGCCCAAAUUCAGCCCGAUUGUGUUUUUUUCCUCUUCAGCGAAUUUGUCUAUUAUUCCAGUGAUUUACAGAUUUGCAGAAAAACCCCUAGCCUCCAUGCAUAUAAUAUCUCAUGAACCGUGCAUCAUAUGUAAAUAAUUUAUAUAUGUAAAAUGCUUAGAAUUUCAUCUAGUUUCAUAAUA